GUUCUGUGAGACGGAUAUUGUGGGAUAAGUAAAGGGGAUCACUGUGAGCACUGGAGUUGGGGGGGGAGAUGGGCUAAACAUUUGUUUCUAUAUGUUAAUCCCACCCUUCUGUUCUGCUUGGCCUGUGCAUGACAAUACCCUGCUGCUCGGGCACGGGGCAUAAGUUGUGACACACUCCCAGCAGCUGUCCCUGCGCUCCUCACUUUGCUCGGGGGAUUAGAAGGGAAGGUGUGUGUCAGCACAAGUGCGUGCCUGCACCACGGAUUCCUACUAUCCAACAGGGGCUGGCUCCUCUACACACCUCCUUCUGCAGGUAACGUCCUCCAGACUGGUUCCACAAACCAUUACCGCUCCCCUCCAACUGCUGGAGGGACACAGCUUCCUAAGGCCCCAGAUCUCAGUGGAUCCUUCUUACCCUUGGAUUACAAGAGCUCAGUACCAUCUCCUGGCACAACUCUGGAGAGUUUACCCCAUGAAGCUACCUGUUGGGUUGGAGCAGCCCUAUUGGGUUUGACCUGCUACUCAUAUAGGAUAGGAGUUCCCUCACCUGCAUUUGGGCUCUGUUGCCCCUGCACAUCUUGUAACAUUGGGUUCAAUGGGAUCUACCAGGACCACAAUGGAACCUUAAGGAGCCAAAUUGCUGUAUCACCCUGUUCAUCCUUCACUUAGGAACAUACAGAUCUUUUCAUCAGAUCCUUCUGGUUUGUGGUGUUGGAGGCACAGGGAGACCAAGUGAUACCCACAGGAGUUGUAUAAGGGGAUCUGGAAUCCCCAGUGGCCAGUCUCUUGGCCACCCUAGUGCUCUGUACAUUGGACUGCCCAAGCCAUGACUCUCCUGGAGAUAACAGUGGCCUGCUAAGGAGGUCAGGUUCCUUCCUCUGCUUUACUGUACCAUGGGACCACUGACUUGUAUCUGUGCCUCCCUGGAUUAUGUCUCGUGAGGGGACCCAGGGACAGAGUAUCUACAGACUGAGGUGAAAUUUCAUAAUUACUGUCUCCUGACUUCGCUGGACAAUCACUUGGGUCAAUUUAGAACUGGACACGUGUGCUUACGCCUGACUGGUUUCACAGUACAUUCCCCCAGCACAAACACAGUUUGGACCCACUGUUGGGCACUGUCCCUGCCAAGCAGAACUUCCUAUUCUCAGGAAUUUGGCUGCCUGCCUGUGAGAAGCCCCUACUUGUCAGGAUUACAGCAACUGGGGAGUAAACAGCACUGAACAUUAGGAGGAUACCACUGACGUUUGCAAUGUUUGGGUAUUUCAGCACAACCAGACUUUCCUUAUGAGCACACCCUGGGCCACUCAUUGGCUAUGGAAUCUGCUACUUCUAUUUGUGUCCCUGGCAACCUGUAACCCACUGGACACCCCCUGUGCCCCCCUAUUGAAGACUCUGCUGACCAUGCUCUGCUGGCUCCGGCUCCUGCUUCCUGCCGUGUGUUUGCUCCUGUCUCUGCAUCAGAUUUCUGCACAAGCUGACGAGUGCAGUGAGCGCUGUGAUCUCUAUCACGGACACUGUGACCAGGACGGAGAGUGCAGGUGCGACCCUGGCUGGGACGGUAAGUUUUGUGAGGACUGCGUGAGGAUGCCAGGCUGUGCCCAUGGAUCAUGUCAUCAACCGUGGCAAUGUAUGUGCCACAAUGGCUGGGCUGGCAAGUUCUGUGAUAAAGACUUGCACAUGUGCAAUCACUCCAACCCCUGCCAGAACGAGGGUGUGUGCAUCAUCGACUCUGAUGGAGAAUUCUCCUGUAUCUGCCCAGAGCCUUUCUACGGGAGGACGUGUGAGCUGAAGAGGGGGCCAUGUGAAAAAGCAAGAUUUCCAUGCCUGAACAGUGGAACUUGCCACGACGCUGGUGGAUUUGCAGACACAUUUACCUGCCGCUGCCUGGCUGGAUACACUGGAGAGCUUUGUCAGACUGAUGUGGACGACUGUCUAAUGCGACCUUGCGCCAAUGGAGCGACGUGUCACGAUGGAAUAAAUCGCUUUUCUUGUGAGUGUCCCUCUGGCUUCCAGGGGCGCUUCUGUACAAUUAACAUCGAUGACUGUGCAAGGCAACCGUGCCAUAAUAAUGGGCGGUGCUAUGACCGUGUGGGGGACUAUGAAUGCUACUGCCCAGAGGGAUUCAUGGGAAAAUCCUGUGAGAUUCCCAUACCCAAACCUACAUGGGACUAUGACGUGAGGUCAUCACCUAAAAGCGAUGAAACUGCACACAAACAUGGCAGGGUCACUCGUCCAACACUAGUGAGGACUUUGGAGAGCAGCAGACAGACCCAGGGCACGAUCUCAGUGAAGGAGGUUGUCACCCAGGUGGAGAAGAGUUUGACCACAUUGCAGCUGGUACUUGUGAUAGUCUUUAGUGCUAUAACUGCUAUUGCCAUGCUCUUCACUAUAACCAUAGUCCUGGUGUGUAGGAACAGAAGCAACAGACAGGUUACCCAUCACUGCUACAAUUUAUCCGGGGCAAAGACUCAAUAUCAGGAAUGCCAAGAUUCUUCCCUUGAUCAUCGUAAAACCACAGAGUUGUGAUGCUAGGAAAGGAAGAAGUAAAUAAAAUGGGCAAAAGUGACCAACAAUCUAUGUGGAUACUGGGAAAAUGGAAGCAAAAAUGUGCAGCAAGAGACAAUCUUACAGGGUAGGUCCAAUUGGGCAGAAUCCUGGUCUUAGUUGCAUUAGCCCCAAUAGGGUAAGUGAAUCCAACUGCCCCAAUACAGAGCUCUGAUUCUCUGUACCUGCUCUUGGGCUGCUCUCUUUCUCAUCAUCAGGUAGAAUAAGACAAUCUAAUCCCCCUCAUUACUUUCCCAGGUACAGAGCUCUGAUUCUCUGUACUUUUUCCAAUGGUCAGGCAGGGUAAGCCAAUCCAAUCACCACUCUCUGUCUCACUGUACCUGAUGAAGACUGCACUCCAUUGUAAAUGAUCAUGCUUAACAAGCAAUGAAGUCAAUCAGAUAUGUAAAAUUACCUCUCUCCUGCCACAUUUACAGUAACAACCCAAAUUCACCACUAAACUGAAUAGCUAAUUUCAAGGGUCCCGGUUCAGGUAUAGCUAAAAUCCCACCCAUAUUUACUGGCUUAUGGCAAAUUUGAACAUAGAUCUGUAAUAUGCAUAAUGGGUGGUGCCGAAACUGCAGUUCAGAUGUCAAAGUCAAGAAAUAAUGUCUGUGUGAAUGCGAUGAUGCAGAUUUUCUGGUUAUGGGAAAUAAAGCAGACCAGGAGAAGGAAGUAAAGUAAAUCAGAGCUUUGUACAUGGGUAAAUAAUGGGGGAGACUGGAUUCACUUACCCUUUCUGGCCAUGGGAAAUAGAGCAGCCUUGGAGCAGGAAGGAGAGAACUAGAGCCUUGUACCUGGGUUCAGAGAUUGUAUUCACUUUCUCAGGUGUAGUUUCCUAUGAAGCUUAAAACAAGCCAGAUUUUAUGCUAGAUGGUUAUCCCCUUUAAUACCCCACCACAGGGUAGAUACAAGGAGUGGACAGACGUAGGUGUGGGAUCUCUGACAAUACACUGUGAUGUACACUUAAAAAUAGCGAUGCACUACGGAGGCCAAAAUCACUGGCGAUGAUUGGUCUCCCCUCCUAGGAGCUGAGGACUGGCUCACUGGGAGUAAUUUAUAAGGACAGCUUCUUGAGACUGCACAAUGUUAUAGAGCCCAAACUCUGGCAGUGGAAAGGGUGAGGGGCCCUUGUUGACUGUGAAGAAAAACAGCAACUUUGACCAAAUGUCAAGGCUGGAAUCUUUUGUAUCGUUACAGGACUGCUUUUUCUAUUAUAUCUCGUGUGCAUUGAGGAGUGCAUAACUCAACUGCCUAAGCCAUUUCCCAGCAUGCACAGUGGCAUAAAGCUGGAUGGCAAAUUGCAAAAGGAUGCAUCAGAAUGCAAAAAGUACAAAUGAUUUCAUAUGAAGCCUGUUUGUGGACUUGUCAUUAGUGAUGGGCGAAUCUGUCCUGUUUCGAUAUGCCAAGAGAACUCCGGAAAAAAUUUGUGAAACGGCAUAAAAUUUUCAUAACACAUUGAAGUCAAUGUUCGGAAAAAUUAUUUUGAUG